CCUAUGUAAAAUAGAAGUAGAAUUAGUAAAAUCAAAUGCACAUAUAAAUUAAGCAGAAAAAUGAAGAUGAACAUGCCGGUCUCCACGAGCAGAAAAGGGCUCCGGACCACACAACCAACCAAACAAUCACAUCACAUGCACGCCUCCAUCCACACAAAUAUAUAUAACCCACAUUAACAACAGGCUUAAUCAGGAUUCCAUGCAUGCAUAUCUGCAAAAAUUAACCUCAGUUAAUUGCCUCCUAAACACGCCGCCGUUGCAUCAAUCCCACAACCACCGAUUGGCCAUGGCGACGCGGCGGAGCUCCCUCGCGCACCUCUUCAUGGUCGUCGUCGUCCUCCUCUCCGGCGCCAUCUCCUCAGAAUUCGCCGACGGCGCCACCACAGUCAAGGAAGCCUGCGCCAAGACGUCACAGGCAGACUACUGCGCGGAGCUCCUCGCCUCGGCCUCCUCCGCGACAGACCCCAAAUCCAUCUCCGAAGCCGCCAUAGCCGCCGCCAUCAAGCUCGCGGGGGAAGCCGCGGCGCUCGCGAAAUCCGAGCGAGAGAAGCUCCCCAAGGGCAACGCCGACUGGCACUGCAUGGACAGCUGCGCGACGGGGUACGAGGACGCGGCCACGAAGCUCGCCGCGAAGCCAUCCGGCGGAGGGGGGAACGCGGGCGGCACCGACGGGAAGCUUCUGGAGGUGCUGGACUUCGUGGAGGUGACGAGCGAGGAGGAGGAAGAGAAGUCGAGGAAUUGGGAGUGGAAGUUUAGCUGUGCCGAGUGUAAGAAGGACCCCGUGGCACCGAAGCUGGUGGAGAAGAACAAGGAGUUCGAUAAGGCCAUGGAAGUCAUCCCUGCGCUCAUCAAGCUUACGCCCGCCGGGGCUAACGCUACGGCUAACCCGAUCACCAAGGAGAAGCUCACCAGCUGAUGAUUGAUUGAGUGCAGAAGGAGAUUAUAUAGAUCAGGAAAGUAUAUGGUUGAUUGUAUGAAAUAGCAAUUGGGUAUACGAGUUUUUGCUGUUGCUGUUGUUGGUCUCUUUUGUUUUAUCACAUUUGUAACAUUUAUGUAUUGAUUAAAGACAUUGAUUGAUAACUA